AUGGCAAGUCGCGCGGUGGUGCAUGGCCAGGUCCACGUGAUGCUCACGCUGCGCGACGGCGAGCGCAGUUUCGGCAUGUCGCUCGCGCAGAAAACCAGCGGCCUUGGUCUCAAGUAUACUGUGGUCUCCAGCGUCUUUGUGAACUCGCCCGCUUAUCGCGCUGGCGUCCGCACAGGUUACGUCGUGCGUCGCAUCAAUGAGGAGCCAAUGGGCGGCCUGUCGGUUGCACAGGUGGCCAGUCGCUUUCGUAAUGUAGGGCAGGCACGAAUCACGCUGGAGGUGACGGAGAGUGCAGUAUCGCCGAAGAAGGUGGACGGUACUGCAUUUGGAGGACGACAGCAGGUGCUGGAAGCGAGUGGUCGUGCUGCACAACGACCGACAGCAUCAGUUGCGGUUAACGCUGCAGCAUCUUCGUCGGGAAGGGCGAUUGCAGCCCCCGGAUCGGCACUGGCGGCCCCGAAACGUGCAGCACGAGAACGACCGACCGUGAGACUUGAUGCAAUGCCUGAAGCGAGGUCAUUGGCGUUGCAGCCGCGGAUCGGAGUGGCUUUUUUGGAUGCAGCUAGUGUAGCAAGCACUUCAGUCGAGCGUGGCGCUGUAAAAAUGACGACGUCGAACGCUGGCGUGAAGAGGCAGGAAGAAGUGGGUCACUUAGGUUUGUUGAACAAACACACAGUGCCUCGAGCAGUCCAGUGUGCAAAAGCCCAUCCGAGAUUGGCGCAACCUGACAUGAUGUCAGUGAAGCCGGAUGCUACCGCGACCACAGUCGACCCUGCGGCAAAGAGCGUCUCAUCGAGCAAAUCUUUGUCUGUCGAAGGAUUUUCAGUGUGUCGUAAAACCUCGCAAGCCCCUGUCGAACCGACCAAAGCAUCGAGUAGUACUGCAAGUGCUUCAGCUGUCAAAGAACGUGACAAGUCAACCAGUGCUGCACUACCGAAAAGCUUUGUGUCUUCUGGUGUACACGCAGCUCCAUCAAGUGCACUGGUAGCAGCUGCCAAUGCGACGACUUCCGGUUCAGCAGCAUCCGCCUCUUUUCCAGCACCAAAGCCUGCCGCCACACCUGGUCCAAAUUUCACCUCGACAGUUCGUGGUGCUGUGAUCAUACCCCCAGCUGCAUCGCUUCCGUCAUCUGCAGCCACAUUAUGUUCUACAUCCUUGCAUCGAUCUCCAGUUGUUCAGAGAACAGCGACGACAGGAAGCAAGAAACGAGUGCCCACGGCGUCCGUCGUAAGUACAACGAACUCGAGAGUUAGGCCAGCACAGGCAAUGAGCCUUGCACCUGCAAUAGGGGCACGUAAGCUCAAAGCAAGCCAACCUGGAACCAAAGCGCCUGUGCCAGUGCCUUCCCCCGAACAGGUAGUGUUGUCAGGUCGGGGAAACACGGUUUUGCCGGUUAUAGCAGAGCCAAGGUCUAACACUGGAUCAGCGGGGGGCAAAACAAUAUCCGCGCCAAGUACGACCAGAACAACUACUGUUGCAUCUGUGUCUGCCCCACCAUCGCCCACAGCAGUACCGACAUCGACACCCACGAAGAUUGGUAUGAAGCGUGGACGACAACAAACAACAGAAGCGGAAAGUGAGAUUAAAAACGACAGAGGAGCAGGCAAGGAGAAAAGAGCUGUAAAGCAGCAGCAGGAAAGGGACGAGUCGGACAGUUCUAUGAACGAUGAUGGGGACGCAUAUGAUAACGAUGCGAUUACUUCCGACUAUGAUUCGGAUGAUUUACCGAUAAAAAAAUCUACUCGCCGCCGUACAGAAAAUGGUCGACGUCGUGGGCCUACCGACCGUAUUCGGCACAGCCUUACCAUCGACCGAUUGGUUGCCAUGGGUUUCAGGAAGGAAGAUGCUGAAGCUAGCGUGAAAGAGAUUGGCGACCACUUGGACGCAUGUAUGGUCUGGAUUAUUUCAAAGAUUGAGGAGCGGCAAUUUAAUGAGGAUCUCAACCAAGCGUCCAUUCAAUCGGAGCAAUCGAAGCACGACGAGAAAAAGCGGGUGGAGAAACUGGAAACGGAAAGGCUGGUGCAUGCUGAGAAGUUUAUGGCCGUAUUUCCGACUUCCUACAUGGUGUGUCCCGAAUCUACUGCAUCGCACUUUAAGGCAUUCUUACAGUCGGUGAUUGAUCAAGUAGACGGUGGGACGUUCCUUCGUGAAGUUCUUACCGAACUGAUGAAGCUUGAGGGCAAAUCUAUUCGGUGGUACAAGGAUGCCUCUAGGUCGUACAUGCUGGAGCUGGCUGAACGUUUGGACGGCACCUUGAGAACUCAUGACGUGAUCUCCUGCUGCUCGCGAGCUUCAGCGAGUGAUAUAAAUUCUGUAAAUGGAUGCGAAUUCGUGCGAAAGCUGUUGCAGGAGGUGAAGGCACUGACAAAAGCUUUAUUUGAGAUGCCUACGAACCAAGGGGGUGUACCGCAGGCAUUCUUGAAGUGUGACGCGACGACGAAAUUUGAUUUAGAGGACGACGGGUUCGAAGUGCUCGAGUAA